AUGUACUGGCCCGCCCUUAAACCCUCGCCGGCCAAGAACCCGUCGCCGCCGGCCAUGGCCUCCGCCCUCCCCGAUCCGGAGGAGAUCGACGACGGCUGGGUCGUGCUGCCCCCCGCACCAACAUCUGACGACGACGUCGUCGUCGCCUCUGACGACGGAGCCUUCGACCCCACCCCCGACGACAUCGUCCGGCGGUACCUGCCCCUGCGCCGAUCGCUCCGCUGCGACGGCCUGCCCCGGCAGAUCCACGACGCCGACGUCUACGGCGCGCACCCGGGUUUCCUCGCCGCCGUCUACCCGGCGGCCAACGGCCGCCCCGAGUGGUUCUUCUUCGUGUGCCGGGCGCAGUGCCAGGGCGGCCGCCGCAGGGCCGGGCCCGGCGCGUACCGCCUCGGCAGCGAGGCCAGGCUGCUCGGCGGCACCGCCUACUGCCACGCCUUCCGCUACUACGAGGACGAGGCCGACGUCGGCUCCGCCUCGACCAAGGAGACCCAGUGGCGGAUGGACGAGUACGGCGACUGCCGCUCAGCCAGGGCCGCCGCAUUCGACAUGGUCGUCUGCAAGCUUUACCCGACGCGCGGCGAAACCAUACACCAGAGGCAUGGCGUCGGCAGCGCAAGUCUUCCUGGUGCUGACGCGGAAGACGCGAAUAAGCCGCAGCUGCUCGUCCGGCUCUACCUGGAUACCGUCAACCUGGGAGACCCGCUCCGCUGCCGGAUGUACGCAGUCUCCGACGUCUUCGCCGCGCACCCGGCGGUGCUCACGGCCACGUUCCCGGCGGCCAACGACCGGUGCGAGUGGUUCUUCGCCGUCCAGCAGCCCACGCGCGACGCCAACGAAGACGCGCGACCACGGAAGGCAGGGCCAGGGGCGUACGUGCCGGUGCGCGAGGGCCGCGCCGUGAACGGCAAGGGCGGGGACAUGGGCUACCGCCGGGUGUUCUUGUACAGGGAGGACGACGAGACGGUGCGGCGGGUGUCGCGGACGGAGUGGUGGAUGGAGGAGUACGGGUUCGGCCGGGACUUCCCGUCCGGCGAGCUGCCAGUGCUGGCCGAGCCGCGCGUGGGCGAAGAUGAAGAGCUCCUGGUGUACAAACUGUACAUAAAAAUGGUUGGUGACCAGCAGUAG